AUGAAUCCAAAGAAACUAAGAGAGUCAAUAGAAAAAAAUAAUGACGACGAUUUAAGAGGAUUCUUAAAGACUGGAAUUGAGGGAAGUAUGAAAGAUUUUAUAGAAGAAAGUAUUGAUUCUAAUUUGAUCAAAAAUAGGGAAAUAUAUAUUAAUCAAAAGACACCAACAUUUGAAGAUGAUAAUGUUCAAGAAUUUGAUAAGAAAAUGUCUUUUGAGGAUGCAAGAAAAAAAUACGAGCAUUCCAAUCCUAAAAUAACCAAGGCAAUGGAUCUUUUCUAUAAAACUUUAAAUUCAAAUAUCGAUGAUGUUGUUUGUGAAAAACUUUUCUUCUUAUCAAACAAAAUAGCGAAAGAAAUAGAUGAUAAAAAUAAUUUAGACUUUCCAAAAAUUGUGAGAUCAAAGGUUCACUGUUUAAAGACAAAUAAAAAAUUAUGUAUUGCUAUAUAUUUAGGGGAAGUAAAACCGGAUGAAUUUGUUAGAAUGACUGAUGAUGAAACCAAAUCUGAAGAAAUUAAACUAAAAGAUCAAAAACUUAUAGAAAAAUCAAUCAAUGAUGCUAUCAAGCCAACAAUGGAAGCUGAAACUGAUAUGUUUUUAUGUUCAAAUUGUAAUCAGAGAAAAACAACUUAUAGACAACAACAAACCAGAUCAUGUGAUGAACCGAUGACUACUUUUGUCACGUGUACUGUCUGUAAAAAAACAUGGAAAUUCUAA